AAAAUUAAACUGGUUCUGCUUAAUUCAAAAUGAAAAACUGGAUUUUAUUCAGACUUUUAAUUGGGAUAUGUUGACGGAGAGUUUAAAUCGACGUGGGCUUCCAGCUUCUUACAACUUGUCUAACAAACGACAAAUGUUAAGGAGCGUAGAAACAUUAUCAGUUAGUGAAUUAAUAUAUUAUUUUUUUAAAAAAGUUAACCAAAAAGUGUUACGCGAAUCGGUAUUAUGAUAAUACGAGAAUGAACACUGACAAUGGCACAAAACGCGUAAGCGUUAAAAAUGUAAUUUUAUAACAGUGCAAAAGGGCCUUUUUUGGCGCAGGAACUUUGCUAUUAGCGAUACUGAAGUUAAAAUAUAUAUUUUGUACGGGUGUCUGCGUUGCAGGUUGGUUACAAUACGGAAAGUAUCAAUGAAAUAAAGACUGUGACAAAUGAUACUGAUGUCCAGGUACAGAAAGCUAUAUCUAUUGAGUUUCGAGUAUUAAUCAGAACGUUCUCCUAGAAGUAGUUUAUCGAUCUAAAACUAUCUUUGGAGUACAGUGUUUUAUUUUUACCUCUUAAACAUACGAAAACUCUAUAUUUUUUUUCCACACAGUGUAUUUAUGGGCUGUGCAUGAUUCAUGAAUAAACAGUCAUUUGCAUAUACAGCAUUAACCAACCUGAGUUUGUAAUGAAGAAGUGUUGUGUUUUCCUUGCGACAGGAACUGAACAUUUAGAUAUUAUAGAAGGUCUAUAUGAGUUUCGUGUUUCAAAGGGUUAAACCACUUCAGCAUGCACAGCAGGGCCCUUCUUCUAAAUCUCAAUUUCAAAGGAUAUACCAAAAUGCAAUAUUUUCACAAUACACAUUCUUCUGAAACAAUUAAUAAGUAAAAUUAUUCAGCUGGAGAAAAGCUCCCGUAUCCAGAAUCCAUCCAUCAUGUCUGUAAUGGGACUAAUUUCAACGGCGCGGAUCGCUUUAUCGUACGGCGCCGGCUUCUCGUUCAUCCUCCUCACUCGACUAGUUAUACAACUGUUACGCCCAGACAUCAUGGACAAAGAGAUGCGACCGAAGGACUGCGGCAUCCACAGCCUACACAGCCAUUACGACUUCAUUAUCAUAGGUGGAGGUAGCGCGGGAGCUGUGGUGGCCAGUCGCCUGUCGGAAAUAUCCAACUGGACCGUUCUGCUUCUAGAAGCUGGUGGUGAUGAAACAAUACUGUCCGAUGUCCCUCUAUUCAUGCCAGCUCUUCAGCUGUCCCCACUGGACUGGCAAUUUAAGACGGAGCCAUCUGGUACGUCGUGUCUCGGUAUGAACGGUGGUCGAUGCAACUGGCCACGCGGAAAAGUUCUGGGGGGGACGAGUGUCCUGAACGCGAUGCUCUACAUCCGCGGAAAUGCCAAGGAUUAUGACCGCUGGGAAAAACUUGGGAACGAAGGCUGGAGUUACAGAGAAGUACUUCCGUAUUUUAAGAAAUCCGAGGAUAUGAGGGACGACGAAUACAUUGAUUCUCCUUUCCACGGAACGGGAGGACCUCUCACGGUAGAGGAGUUUGCAUACAAGACGCCGAUUUCAAGGGUAUUCCUGGCAGCUGGGAGAGAGAUGGGAUACGAGGAACGCGACCUGAAUGGGGAGAAGCAAACAGGGUUCAUGAUGUCACAAGGCACGCUGCGGCAUGGGUUGCGAUGUAGUACCGCAAAGGCGUUUCUACGGCCUGCUUCCAAGAGAGAGAAUCUUCACAUCAGCAUGUAUUCUCACGUGCUGAAAAUAAUAAUCGACCACGACACAAAAAGGGCAGAAGGCGUCGUGUUCAACAAAGCUGUCGGCGGGCUCAGAGUGGCGUUGGCUAACAAGGAAAUCAUCCUUUCGGCAGGGGCUCUUCAGUCUCCUCAGAUCCUUAUGCUAUCGGGGGUGGGCCCAAGGGACCAUCUUGAAGAGAAGGGUAUAAAAACGAUCCUCGACGUGCCAGCUGUGGGAGAGAACUUGCAGGACCAUGUCGCACUUGGAGGAACGGCCUAUCUUAUCAAGACACCCGAUCACAUGGCUCCCGUGGGAGCCAGCUUCAUCCUUCCGAAAAUCCUGACUAUAAACACACUUCAGAACUUCGCCUACGAGGGACGAGGUCCUCUCUAUGCUCUUCCUGAAGCUGAGGUCAUGGCUUUCAUUAAUAGCAAAUACGCAAACGAGACAGAGGACUGGCCUGACAUUCAGCUGUUCCUUGCCUCGUACGCAGACAACACGGAUGGAGGGCUAUUCGGGAAGAAAGACAACGGAUUGACGGACGAGUACUACGCCGCCAUGUACGAACAAAUUCUGUACAAGGACUCGUACUCUGUUCUGCCACUGCUCUUAAGACCUAAAAGUCGGGGCAGAAUACGUCUCAAGAACGACAACCCGUAUGAGCACCCGCUCAUAUACCCAAACUACUUCCAACAUCCUGAGGACAUAGCAGUGCUUAUUGAAGGGGCGAAGUUCGGAUACGAAAUGAGCAAGACCCGAAGGAUGCAGAGGCUCUCGGCGCGCAUUAACGAGAUGAAGGUACCAGGCUGUCAGCAAAUCGAGUUCCUCUCUGACGAGUACUGGGAAUGCGCGGCCCGACACUACACCAUGACAAUCUACCACCCGGUGGGGACAUGCAAGAUGGGACCUCAAACAGACCCAGAUGCCGUGGUGGACCCCAGACUACGAGUGUACGGAAUACGGGACCUCAGAGUGAUAGAUGCGUCUAUCAUGCCCUUCAUCGUUUCUGGCAAUACUAAUGCCCCGACCAUCAUGAUCGCCGAAAAGGCUUCGGACAUGGUCAAAGAGGACUGGCUGCCCUAUUCGUUUCGUUACACAUGACUUGAAGAUCUUCAGCAUGAAAAUCCAUAUAGCACAUGGUCUCAACAUUCAGAGACCUGCCCGCCGCUCCUGACUUGUACUCAGAAGGUACUACGUUCAAAACCUGGCUGAGAAAGCUAUCGUGAAUAAGUUAUUUCGUGGUUUUCCACCGUCUCCAGUCAAAUGACGGGAUAAUACCUUGAAACAUGUCCCGCCGCCUUAUACCAUAUCCUUUCAUGCCCACCAUUUCCAUCAUCUUCCCGUGUUUUUCGAUGCGAUAUGGCCUUCGCAGUUGAAACAGAAUCGUAAAACAUCCUAAUAAAUGUUUCCUCAUAACUAAAACUACGGGCUGUUUUUUUUCGGAAUAGUAAUACUAACUUAUAUAAUAAAUCAUUUUCCUGUGCGUAAGUUCGGAUAAUUUUUAUAAGCUGGUGUAACUGCCAAACCGCGUAAGUUCACGUGGUCUUUGGAAUGCACGUGAAAAGAAUCUUUGUCCAAACACACAGAAGCGAAAUGAAUGCUUUACUUCAAAAGAGGUGCUUGUAAUAGGGGGCAUCAGAGAGUGUAUACACCAGAUUGUUCAAGUGAGCGUUUAUAACCUGUGUCUGAUAAGUAAUCUAUGAAAAUAUUUACUUUACUCUAAGACGGAACACGUGGAGAUUGAUCUUAGGUUUCCCAAGGCGUGGAAGAAUGGAGAUUAUAGCCUCAAGACGAGACGCCACUUCACUUGUGUAAAAAGUUAAACAUGUAGCUAGAUGCGAUAGAUCACUUUUACAUUUUACAAGGAAAGAAAACACGCGACAGAAAAAGCCAGCCCUCUUUACUUUUAUAACAAAGUGAAACAAGUCACAAAAAUAACCGGUACUAUGUGAUGUAUAAAGCCAACCGAUAGCUAUAUUUAGUUAAAUUCCUAAGGAAGGUCACUGACGAAAAUAAAGAAAAAAUACAGUAUGUUUUAUCUGUAAACAUAAACACUACAUAUCACAGAACAAAUACAUAAAUCUGCUUUUUGACCUUGAAUGUUUCACAAAUAUUAAAGUAUCAGAUGGACUGUCGUACUACAUUCACAU